AUGUCGGAAACCCCAACAUCAUUAUUAGUUAUUGGAGCAGGUCUGCCAAGAACCGGAACGACCAGUAUGAAAAAGGCGUUAGAAAUAAUUUACUCUCAACCUUGUUAUCAUGGUUAUGAACUUGUGAGCAGAAAACAAUGUGACAUUGCUAAAUGGCAAAUGCUUGUCGAUGAAGUACGAACGACACAUAGUGAGGGGAAGAUACAUAAAUGUUUGAGUGAGAUAUUGGAUUGUUAUGUAGGUGUGACUGAUGCUCAAUCAUGUGCAUUCUACAGGGAGCUGAUGAGUACAUAUCCUGAUUCAAAGGUUGUAUUGACGGUUCGCGAUAAAAACGAUUGGUUGGCUAGUUUCCGACAAGUGGUCAUGCCUAAAUCAGAUGAUCCACGUAAAAUACACAUGGAUGAGGGGAAAAGACGUGCAGGGAUCCCCAUUGAAUUGGACAAACUGCUUACUGAUUCAUUGAAACUAGCAUUUCAGAAGGAAGAUAUUGAUUUUGAUGAUGAUGCAAUGUUACUUGAAUGUUAUGAAAAAUAUAUCAAAGCUCUUCAGGAAAAUAUACCAUCCGAACGCCUUCUAGUACAUCGAUUUGGAGAUGGUUGGGAACCAUUGUGUAGAUUCUUGAAUGUGGAUGUACCAGCUAACAUAUCAUACCCCGUGGCUAAUAAUCAGUCUGACUUGCAAAGGCUACGGGAAUUAAUAAAAAAGUGUGGAUCGAUUAAGGAAGUAGCUAGAAUGCAUCCAAGAAUUAUAUAA